GCUUCUGUUUCCCCCCUCGACCAAUGGGCAUGGCCUGUAUGAGCACAGCGAGGGCGCGGGGCUUCUAACCACGUCGCAGACUUCUAGCGCCGGCGUGUCAGUCGUAUCCCAACUGACUGGAGGUAACAUGGCGUCCCUGGCAGCCAGGCGCUGCGUCGAGUGGCUAUUGGGCCUCUACUUCGUCUCGCACAUCCCCAUCACGCUGUUCAUCGACCUGCAGGCGGUGCUGCCGCCCGAACUCUACCCGCAGGAGGUCAGCAAGCUGCUGCGGUGGUACUCUAAGGAGUUCAAAGACCCUCUGAUGCAGGAGCCUCCAGUGUGGUUCAAGUCCUUCCUGCUUUGUGAGCUCGUGUUCCAGCUGCCUUUCUUUCCCAUUGCAGCGUAUGCCUUCUUCAAAGGAAGCUGCCGAUGGAUCCGAAUCCCUGCAAUCAUCUAUGCAGUUCACACCAUAACAACUUUAAUUCCAAUCCUUUAUACAUUUCUAUUUGAGGAUUUCUCUAAAGCUGUCGCUUUCAAGGGACAAAGACCUGAGAGUUUCCGUGAACGAAUGACCCUUGUAGGUAUCUAUGCCCCCUAUUUAAUAAUCCCCCUUAUACUCCUCCUGUUCAUGCUUCGGAACCCUUACUACAAGUAUGAGGAGAAGAGAAAGAAAAAAUAAGUGGCAGCCACUAGCCUGUGGGGAGAGCCCACAGCACAGUUGCCUUUUGGACAACACAAGAAAACUGCUCUGAACCUGUUUCAGCAGCAUUUCAAACACCAUCAGCAGUGCAUAUGAACAAGAUAGUGGCAAGAGACAUGCCAGGCCUUUACCUUCCAAGGGCUGAACAGGCCAUCAGCAGGUAUCUGAGCAGGUUACAGCAAAAUGGUGCCAAAACUACCACAGCAGUGCUAAAAAGGACAGAUGAGAAGCCGGCUAGCUCCUGACCUAGAAUGCAUACCCCUAAGUCUUCAACUCGACCAUGAUAGUCAACAAAUGAGCAGUAUUUCGCCUCUUUAGCACCUUUUAACAUGGGUUCCUGCCCACACCUCCACCUCUGGGAGAAAAAUAUAGCCUCACAUGAGUCCAAGCCAGAAAUGGGUUACAGUGGAAGGGAAGGUACCUCCAUUUCUAUCUUGAACAGAUCACUUGGCCUGAGUUAUUCUGGUGCUGAUUCCAAGAACUGCUCUCAUAGGUCCCUACUCUGAAAUCUCACACCACUGGGCUCCUUAGUACACAGAUUCGUCCUUCUACCUCCAGGGUACCUGGAAGGUCCAGUGUCUGCUGUUGCCCCACUGGCUCUCCUUACAGAAACAAAGACCGGUGGGUGCUAGACAGUGCUGGUUUUGCUCACACGACAUCUUGCUGUGUUUAUUACUGUCUGACUUCUGUGUGUGGUCCAAAUAAAGGUAGCUGCUGACCA